GAGCCCCUUCACUAUACCAUCCGUGCUGAAUAUGGACGACUCUAAGUCGGAUUGCUACUACUCCGAGACGGAUCAUUUGGGGGCUGGUAGAGUGUGCGUGGAUUCACUUGCGUCGACCUUUCGUAUUAUGGAGAGAAGGAGGCUCUUGAGGGUUCUCCAUCGGCCAAUUCGGGCAAGGUCAGUGAGCCAGGGGGUCCUUCAGGCUGUUCUAAUCUUCUGCCUAUUCAUAGUGCUCUGCCAACAGCUCGGGCUCAAUAUCACCUCAUCUGGGGUCACCAAC